AUGACCAAUCCCCAACCGGAUGGCGCUCUUCUGCGCCCCAAAGCCGAAGAAAUAGUGGCCUUGGGACUACCCAAACUCGUCCUAGUACGGCACAAAGUCGCAGGAGCAGCCAAGCGAGUCCUCAUCCGAGCCAUUGGCAUUAACGAAGAGGGCAUCUUUGGUCUUGUGCCCAUAAAAGAAGAAACAAACGAGCGAGCAAGUGACUCUUUCGUCAGUGACUCGUCUAGCAUUGCUUCGCCGGUGGUGCCCCAAAUGAGAAAGCCUUCAUCUAUCACGUCUUUCCGUGCAGAACUAGGAAUCACCUCCGGGGGCGUUGUCUCGAGAAAUAGGACCCCUCGUGCCGGCACACGUCAACCUCGCAAUGCUUUACCUGACACGCUACCCACACCUCCGUCCGAGAAGAUACAUGUUGGCAGAGAGACUGGGAUUGGCGUCGUCAAGUUUGGCAACGAAUUCAGUGACAAUAUAGGCGAAAAAGAAUAUCUCAGCUCGCCGGAUGAGAUCCUGUACAUGCAAGUGUUCAUGGAAAAAGUGGGAAUCUGGAUGGACUUGCUGGACAGAAAUAAACACUUUAGCCGCAUCAUCCCGUUCUUGGCUCUCAAGUCGCCCAUGCUACUCAACGCAUUCUUGGCCUGCGGUGUCAAGCAUCUGACAUUGACGAACCAGGUCAGCAAGGAUGGCAAGGCCCUACUCUACUACGAUACGUCAACCACUCAGCUUUUACGCAACCUACAGAAUCCGGACAGAAAUAUGACAGAGUGUGCUACAACUGCUGUCGUUUUGAACGUCUACGAGAUUAUGAGCGAAGAGCCCAAUGACCGGAUGAGCCAUAUUGCUGGGGCACGCGCUCUGAUUCGUGAGUGUGGCUGGAACGCUCAGAGCGAAGGAAUUGGUGCCGCUUGUUUUUGGCUCAACAUUGGUAUGGAGGUGCUCAGCUGUCUCUCUUUCAACUGGCCAACAGCAUGGGACCCGAAUCACUGGGGGCUCGACCUUGGCUUCGUCGACGACUUCGUUGGCCGCAGUGACAAGAGGGCCAUUGAAGCUUCGGCUCAUAGGGGGGAUGGAAACAAAGACCAGCCGGACGACGAAAAACGAGUAGCUGAAGCACCAACAGACAAUACUGGGGAUUGUGCUGAUGAGGUGUGGACACACCGCAUGUUUUACAUUGUUGCGAAAAUAGCCAACUUUCGAGCCAACAUUCCUCGGUUUCAAGAGCCGUCGCCCCAUGUCGAGCAAUUACGCCUACAGAAUCGGUUUACCGAGUGGAAGCUUCUGAAAAGUCUUUGUGAUGGUUGGAAUCGCGAAUGUCCGCGUUCCAUGAAGCCGUUCGGUUAUCUCUAUCCAACACAGAUCUCCCCUUCUGGAUCGGUCUUCCCCAAAGUCUGCCACAGAAACAGGCUUGCGCACUGUGAAAGUCGCCUCUUGCAGAAGUACCCGCAAGCGGUGUUCUUGGAAAUGGCUUUAGAAGAAGGUCUGCGCUCAGCUCUGGGCCAGAAUCCAGUCCUACGGCCAUCACUGGUCUCAGCCUAUACCUUUCUGGAGCACAACCAAUCUAUCGAGAAUAUCCUGGCCCAAGUGUCGGUGCUUCAACCACAGCCAGACAUUUCGUUCGAGCGCCAGGAAGCUCUGCAAUGA